CUGAUCUGUCAGUCUAGUUACUUGUAGAGAUUUUGGAAAAUAUUCUCUCUUUUAUAGAUCGGAGCAAACAUGUUAUGUUUGUAAACUUGAGAUGUUGAUGGUCGAAAUAUCUCCAUCUCAGGUCAUCUCAUAUUCCAAGGGGGUGAGGAAAAGACGAUAUUUGGCCCUUGACCCAGAAUUAACAAUGACACCCCCAACUGUAUAAUUAAUAUAGCUUUGACGACGUAGUCGCUUGUUUUUUAAUUUGUUUGUUCAUCUGACUGAAUUGCAAAUGAAGAAUCAAUCACUAGGAUGUGCACCACGACCAGUAGCAAUCGACGAAUAAGUCAUAUAUAUGGCAAGUGAUUGUAAAUAUAAAAUAUCCACCGCUUUCCUUUGAUAAAUGAAAUCAAGACAGAUAAAGCAAUUAAGUUGAACCAGAGAGAGAGAGAGAGAAGCAGAGAUGGCUUCUGCGCGCAGGAGUUUUCCGGCGAAAGAAAAACAACAGAAACGUACACUUGAGCAUUUUACCCAUCCUCAUAUCUUAACUAGGGAGGCUUUCGAUCAAAAUAACGAAUUUGUAUGUAAUGCCUGCAACACUCUAGGUUCUGGUGUUAGAUACCAUUGCAAGCUAUGCGGUUUCGAUAUCCAUGAGGAUUGUGCCGACUGUCCGGAGUAUCUCAACACUUACCUUCACCGUAACCACCAACUGGAACUAAUGUGGGACGGAUCGGAGUCAAUCAAGAAAAACUAUGGUAAUUUACGUCCAUGUGGUGUCUGCGGCGAUCAAGUCAAAGGUCUCUUCUACAUUUGUUCGUCCGGUGUUGAGAAACGCACUAAUGAUGGUGAACAUUUCUUCUUCCUCCAUCCUUUAUGCUCGAAAUUUCCAUCCGAAGUGCGUCAUCUGGUUCACGAAAACCACCCUCUCAAGUUCAAAUCAAUCUCGGUUAGUCAAAACUCCGUGUGUGCUAUAUGUAGAUGCGUUGUUUCUGAUUCUUCGUGGAGUUACAGAUGUGAUCCAUGUCGUGUCAAUAUCCAUAUUGAGUGUAUUACUCUUCCAUUUCCAUUUGAUGAUCAUCCACGAUCACCAAAGACGCUCCAGCAAAAGGAAUCACCAAAGAUGUUCCAGCAACAGGGAUCACAAAAGAUAUACCAACUGAAGAGACCUGUUGACCCUCUUCCUGCAUCUCCUACAUAUGGGAGUUAUGCUGGGACGACACCGUUCAAACCACAACCGCACAAUAACAACCCUCCGAAUCUACCACAUAGUUACAACGUUCCAUCACCAACUUAUAACAACUACCAAUGUCAUCCACCGCCUCCUCCUCCUAAUAGCGGAGCUAGUUCAGCUCCUGGCGGAAAAAAGAACGGUGUGGUUAGAGGUGUAGCUGGAUUUUUCGGGAAAGUUGCAGUUAGCUUGUUGGUCAGCGCAGUUGUUGGUGAAAUUACGCAGUCGUGAUUGAUAUUUCUUUUGUUUUCCGGCCACCUGGAGUGUUGUUGCUUUGUGUCUGUGUGCCCGGCAAUAUCAGGUGUUUUCUUUGUAUUUGUGUGCAAAAAAAAGAAAAAGGCCAGAGCCUAAAUCUGGCGCCAUAAAUACAAUCCUUGUUAAAACUGUGGUUUGUUUGCUCAAAGUAGUGCGUGAAUUGUGAUCAUAGAUAUGGUAAUAUUUUACAGCCACGCUUAGUUGGGGAGGAAACAGAAUUAGUCUUUUGACGACAAAGUCUUGAUAUUAGAUAAGUUUGCAGACUUAUUAUUGGAAUAAUUCUGUCAGUGUCACAACAUAUAUAAUACUCAAUGAUCUUAGAAUACAUGGAAUAAAUGAUCUCAGGCCUUGCAUCAUUGCCUAUCCUUAUAGAAAAAAAAAACAUGCAUAUGGGAGGAGCUAGCUGUUGCUUGGACUUUCAUAAGCGCGUUGAUUGAUCUCAGCAGUGGAUAAAAUCUCUAAUUGGGGCUUGGUAAACAUGUUCCAGGUGAUGCAUGUUGAUCAAGCAUAGCUUCCGAGGCACUAAGGCGCAAGGGGGAAGAAGUAAAAAAAAAAGAAUGACUGACAGCUGUGGGAUCUUUCGGACCAGAGCCUAAACCUGGCGCCUUAGACCACGUCCAAACUGUCUUGUUGGACGUUGUGCACA